AUGGGUACUAUGCUUCACUACGCCGUCACUGGUGCAUUCAUCAGUACCGCCAUCGCCAUUGGUGUGACGUUCGUAAUCAUCUUCGACGUCAUUAGCGACAUCAACGAAUUCCAAAGGGACAUCGAAAAAGAUCUCGAUCAAUUCAAGCACAUAGCCAACGACGCAUGGAAGAACAAUGAUGGGAGCUCAGCAGAACGAAGGCGAUUCAGGUCUUUAGCUCAGCCAGAAUUCGAAGAGGUGGCAGCUACGUUGGCGGAGGUGGUGGUGGCGCGUAUGCAGCACGCGGGAGUGGAGGCUACGCAAGGUGGUGGUGGAGGUUGUGCAUGCGCAGCUAAAGCAUCGGGUUGCCCACGAGGACCACCAGGACCUCCUGGCCAACCUGGCCUGCCAGGAGAUGAUGGUCUGCAAGGUCUUCCUGGAAGAGCAGGAGCAGGUGGUCUUGCAGCAGAAGGAGGUCACGGUGGAGGUUGUAUCUCGUGUCCAGCCGGACCACCAGGUGAACCAGGACCGGAUGGAGCUCCCGGCCCAGCUGGACCCGCAGGAAAUCCCGGACAAGACGGAGAAAGCCUUGGAGGAGGAAUGCCAGGACCUCCCGGUCCUCCAGGAGCACCUGGAUCUGAUGGACAACCUGGCAGCCCUGGACAAGAUGGAAACCUGGAGCACCAGGUGAGUACAAUGAAAACUAUCAGAAAUGAGCGAUCUAGUCCUUCAUCUAUAUUUGCUUCAGGAACGAGAUCAACCAGUCAACCAGGACCAGCGGGACCACCUGGACCGGCAGGAGCACCUGGAAUGCCAGGACAAGACGGUGGUCAUAAUGGUGCAGGAGCACCAGGACCUGCCGGACCUCCCGGCGCUCCAGGUAACGACGGAGCACCAGGAGCACCAGGCUCUCCCGGAGCAGCUGGUAGCAGCGGAGGUCCAGGAGCUGAUGCCGCGUACUGUCCAUGCCCUGCUCGUGCUGGGGCUGUCGGAGGCGGUGGUGGUAGUUAUGGCGGCUCUACUUCAUACUCCGCUGGUGCAAGACCUGCAGCUGCAGCGAGGCAACCAGCUCCUGCUGCCGGAAAAUCAUACUCAACUGGAGGGAGCGGAGCUAGCUACUCACGUGGAGCUCGAGGUCGUCAGGGACGCUCUCACAAUCAAGGUGCUCUGCACAAAAAACGCCGUGUCGUUCACGCCGCUGCUUAG